UCGUAAAACAACAGCAACACUCUCUUUCUUCUCCUAAAAUCUUGUUCACAUCUUCAACUCUUUGUUAGAAAGAACCCUACUCUUCAAAUCACUCAUCCUCUGCAGAAACUCAUUUACAUCUUCAACUCUGUGUUAGAAAGAACCCCCUACUCUUCAAACUACCAACUUUCAUCCUCUGCAGAAACUCGUUUUCUUAUAUAAGCUCAGUGCAACACAAUCUGCUUUAAGAAUUAUUUCACCAAACUCUACAACAUCUUCUUUCUCCAAAGAACCCUCUAAAAGACUCAGAUGCAUUAAGUCAGAACUGUCAAAUUCAUACAAGACAGCUUCAUGAAACCCUGUGAACUACAGAGCACGUGCAGCAGUUAACAAAGGAUCAAGUUGAUGAUCCUAGUGGGGAUUCUACAGGUGAUCAUGAUGAGCAGCAAUGAGGCUAUAGCUCUAUGAGAUGAUAUAGGGGAUUCUUUAUAUGAAAAAAAAAAGUAGCCCUGGUAGAAACCAUUAAAGCAAAGGAGAAGGUCUCAAUUAUCAAGGGAGCAUGGAAGCAGUUGUCUCUACGACGACUGAAAGUGCACUGCAAAUUGCAGGACGUGCAGUGAAACGACAGUUGAGCUACUUUUUUAAUUACAAUGACAAAUUUGAAGAGGUUAAACGUUACACUGAGAUGUUGGAUAAUACUAGGAAGAGGAUACAACAUCAAGUUAAUAAUGCAGAAAUGAAUGCAGAAGAAAUUGAAGAUGAUGUUCAACAUUGCUUAAAACAGUUGGAUGAGAAGAUUGAAAAGUAUGAAAAAUUUAUUCACGAUGAAUGUCAUUCGAAGACAAGAUGUUCCAUUGGUUUCUUUCCAAGGAACUUGUCGUUGAGGUAUCGAUUGGGCAGAAAUGCUACAAAGAUGGUAGAGGAAAUGAAAGUAGAAGAACUUUGGAAUAAAAUGUUUGAUGAAGUUUCCUAUCGAGUACUCCCAUCCAUUAAUGUUUCUUUGACGAACAUUAGCUAUGAAAGCUUUGCAUCAAGAACAAAAACCAUCGAUAUGUUUAUGCAAGCAUUGGAAGAUUCUACAGUUAAUAUGAUUGGUCUUUAUGGUGUUGGUGGUGUGGGUAAGACCACUUUAGUCAAAGAAGUUGCUAAGAAAGCUCAAGAAAAGAAGUUGUUCACUGUGGUGGUUAUGGCAAAUAUAACGAGAAAUCCUAACAUCAUAACAAUUCAAGGACAAAUUGCUGAGAUAUUAGGAAUGAGAUUGGAAGAGGAAAGUGAGAUCGUGAGAGCAGAUCGCAUUCGAAAGAGAUUAAAGAAAGAAAAGGAGAACACCCUUAUAAUCCUAGAUGAUCUAUGGGAUAGGUUGGACUUGAAUAGACUGGGGAUUCCAAAUAGUGAUGAAGAUGAUGGAAGCCAACGUGAUGUCAAUGAUAUAUCUAAUUCUGGUUACCAUAAGAUGGAAAAAGAAGAGUUAUCUUCGGAUUUCAAUAACAUGACAGAAGAGAAGUUAUCUGGCAAUCACAAAAGAUGCAAAAUUCUUCUAACAUCUAGAAGAAAACAAGUAUUGUGUAAUCAAAUGGAUGUGAAGGAGAGAUCAACUUUCUCUAUUGGAGUCCUUGAUGAAAAUGAGGCAAAGACUUUGCUUAAGAAAGUGGCUGGAAUACAGAUCCAAAAUUUUGUGUAUGAUGACAAAGCCAUUGAAAUUGCAAGAAUGUGUGAUGGUUUGCCUAUUGCAUUAGUUUCCAUAGGAAGGACGUUAAAGAAUAAAAGCUCCUUUGUAUGGGAGGAUGUUUAUCAACAAAUGAAAAAGCAAAGUUACAUAGAAGGGAAAGAACCUAUUGAGUUCUCUAUAAAGUUGAGCUAUGAUCAUCUAGAAAAUGAACUACUUAAGUCUGUUUUUUUACAAUGUGCAAGAAUGGGAAACGAUGCUUUGGUUAUGGACUUGGUGAAGUUUUGUAUUGGUUUAGGUUUAUUACAAGGAGUCCACACAAUUAGAGAAGCGAGAAACAAAGUAAAUAUGUUGAUAGAAGAGCUAAAAGAAUCAAGUUUGCUGUUGGAAAGUUACUCUAGCAAUCGCUUUAACAUGCACGACAUUGUGCGUGAUGUUGCUCUUUCAAUAUCAUCAAAAGAAAAGCAGGUAUUUUUUAUGAAAAAUAGCAUACUCGAUGAGUGGCCUCACAAAAAUCAACUUGAGAGUUACACGGCUAUUUUUGUACACUCUUGUUAUAUCGUUGAUGACCUUCCUGGGAGUAUAUAUUGUCCCAGACUUGAAGUCUUACAUAUUGAAAGUAAAGAUCAGUUUUUGAAAAUACCAGAUGACUUUUUCAAAGACAUGAUUGAACUCAGAGUCUUGAUAUUGACUGGUUUGAAUUUGCCAUGUUUACCUUCUUCACUUAUAUGCUUAACAAAACUAAGAAUGCUCAGUCUAGAGAAGUGCACUCUGGGGCAGAACUUAUCAAUCAUUGGAGAGUUAAAGAAACUACGAAUUCUUACUCUUUCAGGAUCCAACAUUGAAUGUUUUCCCUUUGAAUUUGGGCAGCUUGAUAAAUUGCAACUUCUUGACUUAAGUAGUUGCUCAAAACUAAGACUAAUACCUUCCAAUGUCAUAUCAAGGAUGAACAUUUUGGAAGAAUUUUAUAUGAGAGACAGCUUGAUUCGGUGGGAGACCGAAGAGAAUAUCCAAAGUCAAAAUGGUAGUCUUUGUGAAUUGAGUCGCUUAAAUCAAUUACGAAACCUGGACAUACACAUUCAAAAUGUUGUCUGUGUUCCACAGAACUUGUUUUUUGAUGAAUUAGAUAGCUACAAGAUUAUCAUUGGUGAAUUCAACAUGCUCACGGAGGGAGAAUUCAAAAUCCCUGACAAGUAUGAAGUGGUGAAACUUUUGGUAUUGAACCUAAAAGAAGGUAUUGACAUCCAUUCUGAAAUAUGGAUUAAAAUGUUGUUAAAAAAUGUUGAAUAUUUGUGGUUGGGAGAACUCAUUAAUGUUCAUGAUGUUUUCUAUGAGUUAAAUGUUGAAGGAUUUCUGAAAUUGAAACAUCUAUCCAUUGUAAACAAUUUUGGCAUUCAAUAUAUGAUUAACUCAAUGGAACAGUUGCACCCUUUAUUGGCUUUUCCUAAAUUGGAGUCGUUGUAUCUUUACAAACUUGAAAAUUUGGAGAAAAUAUGUAACAAUCAACUUCUUGAGGCAUCUUUCUCCAGAUUGAAAAUCAUCAAGAUCAAAUCAUGUGGAAAAUUGGAAAACAUUUUCCCAUUUUCCAUGGUUGGACACCUCACCAAGCUUGAAACAAUUGAAGUGUGUGAUUGCGAUUCUUUGGAGGAUAUAAUUUCAGUUGAAAGCCAAACCCAUAUUAACAAUGGUGACAGUAUCGAAUUCCCUGAGUUACGACUUUUAACAUUAAAAUCUUUACAUGCAUUUACUUCUUUGUAUACCAAUGAUAAGAUGCCUUGUGCACAAUCAUUUGAAGACAAAGGGCGAAACAUGAACAAAGAUAUCAUCACUGAAGUUGAGCAAGAUGGCACCAGUUCUUGUCAUUCCCUCUUCAACGAAAAGGUUUUGAUUCCAAAAUUAGAGUGGUUGGAGUUAUCCUCGAUUAACAUCCAAAAGAUAUGGAGUGACCAAUCUCAACAUUGUUUCAAAAAUUUGCUUACAUUAAAUGUGAGAGAUUGUGGUAAUUUGAAAUAUUUACUGUCAUUCUCCAUGGCUAAACAUUUGGAGAAUCUCCAAAGCCUUUUCGUCGGUGAAUGUGAAAUGAUGGAGGAUAUAUUUUGUCCAGAAGAUGUUGAGGGGAAUAUUGAUUGUGUUUUUCCUAAGUUGAAGAAAAUGGAGAUCAUGUGUAUGGAGAAACUCAAUACCAUUUGGCAAUCUCAUAUUGGUCUUCAUUCCUUUCGUAACUUAGACUAUUUGAUAAUAAGAGAGUGCCACAAACUUGAAACAAUUUUCCCUAGUUUUAUGAGGCAAAGAUUUCAAAAUCUUCAAAGCUUGACCAUUACUAAUUGCAAGUUAGUGGAAAACAUAUUUGACUUUGCGAAUAUUUCACAAACUUGUGAUAAAAAUGAAACAAACUUGCAUAACAUUAUUCUACAAGGGCUACCAAAUUUAGUGAGCAUAUGGAAGGAUGACACCGGGGAAAUACUUAAACAUAAUAAUCUGAAAAGCAUAAAAAUUGUUGGGAGUCCAAAUUUGAAAUAUGUUUUCCCACUUUCUGUUACAUACGACCUAGAAAAUUUGGAAUCGCUUGAGGUAUUUAACUGCAGGACAAUGAAGGAGAUUGUUGCUUCGGACAAAGGUUCAAAUGAAAAUGUUAUCACCUUUAAGUUUCCUCAUCUAAAAACUGUAUCAUUACGUUCAUUAUUGGAACUUGUGAGUUUCUAUGGGGGAACUCAUACUUUGGAGUGGCCAUCAUUAAAGGAUUUGUCUAUACUACGAUGUGGUAAGCUUGAAGGGAUCACCACAAAAAUCUCAAACUCACAGGCCAAACCAAUUGUUUUGGCAACAGAAAAGGUGAUAUACAACUUGGAAUAUAUGGCGAUGAGCUUGGGAGAAGUAGAGUGGUUGCAGAAGUACAUUAUUAAUGUUCACAAAAUGCACAACCUGCAAUCAGUUGUGUUGCACGGAUUGAAAAAUGUUGAAGUUCUCUUUUGGUUUCUUCAUAGACUUCCAAAUUUGAAAAGGUUAAUAAUGAGAUUUUGUCAAAUGAGAAGGAUUUGGGCUCCAUUAACUGAUAUUUCACGUGAAAAAAUAGGAGUAGUUAUGCAACUUAAAGAGUUGGAAUUAAGAGACAUGUGGUCUCUAGAGGAGAUUGGCUUUGAGCAUGACAUGCUUCUUCAAAGGGUACAACACUUAAUCAUUGAAAGAUGUACAAAAUUGAAAACUUUGGCAUCAUCCUCGGUAUCUUUUCGUCGCUUGACAUAUUUAGAAGUGGUGAAUUGUAUGAUGAAAAAUUUAAUGACAUACUCAACUGCUAAAACCUUGGAUCAGCUCACAACUAUGAAGGUAAGUUCUUGUCCAAUGAUUGUGGCCAUUGUUGAAAAUGAAGAGGAAAAUGUGCAAGAGAUUGAGUUUAAACAAUUAAGAUCAUUAGAAUUGUUUGCUCUACCAAAUCUUACAAGUUUUUUGACUACUGAUAAGUGUGUCUUAAAAUUUUCACUAUUGGAAAAUUUAGUAGUGAGUGAAUGUCCUCAAAUGACAAAAUUCUCUGAAUUCCUAAGUGCUCCACACCUACAAAAAGUACAUGCUGUGGCUGGGGAAAAAGACAAAUGGUAUUGGGAAGGUGAUUUAAAUGCAACUCUGCAAAAAUAUUUUCCAUAUCAGGUAUUUUUUGAGCAUUCAAAGGAUAUGAAGCUAGUGGAUUAUCCUGAAAUGAAGGAAGUUCGUUAUGGCAAACCUGUUUUUUCAGACAACUUCUUUGGUAGUUUGAAGAAAUUGGAAUUUGAUGCAGUAAGUAAAAGAGAGAUUGUACUUCCAUCCCAUGUACUACCUUACUUGAAGAACUUGGAAGAAUUGAAUGUGCAUAGUUGCAAACUAGCACGGGUAAUAUUUGACCUAGAUGAGAGUGAGACUCGGACUAAGGGAAUAGUUUUUCGUUUGAAAAAACUUACUUUAAAAAACUUGUCAAAUUUGAAAUGUGUGUGGAACAAACACUCCCAAGGAAUAGUCAAUUUUUCCAAUUUGCAAGAAGUGUUGGUUUAUGAUUGUGGAACCUUGGUAACAUUAUUCCCUUUAACUCUUGCCAAAAAUCUUGGGAAUCUUAAGACACUUACAAUACAAGUGUGCUUCAAGUUGAUAGCAAUUGUUGAAGAGAAAGCGGAAACUAUACAUGGAACAACUGAAAAGUUUGAAUUCCCUUGUUUGUCGAAAUUGUUUCUUUGGAAGAUGCCACAACUUAUUUGCUUCUAUUCUGGACAACACCAUCUCAAAUGUCUAAUGUUAGAAAGUUUACAUGUGUCCUAUUGUCGUAAGCUGAAGCUAUUCAAGUCAGGAUUUCAUGAUAGUCCAUUACGACACCCUAUGUUCUCGAUUGAAGAGGUUGUUCCAAAAUUAAAGGAAUUGACGCUCAGUGAGAAAAAGAUUAUCUUGUUGGAUGAUGGACAUUCACCACAAGACCUCCUUCACAAACUAAAUUACCUUCAAAUAUCAUUUGAAGAUUACGAUGAUAAGAAGGAUACUUUUCCUUUUGAUUUCCUUCACAAGGUACCCAAUUUAGAAAGUCUUGUUGUGAGACGAUGUUUUGGUUUGAAGGAGUUAUUUCCCUCUCAAAACCUGGAUGGUCACGAUGGGAUUCUAACUAAAUUGAAUACAUUAAGCCUACUGAAUCUUUCUGAGUUGGAGUCUAUAGGUUUACAUCACCCUUGGGUAAAGCCAUACAUUGAAAAGCUAGAAGUAUUAGCAGUUCUUUGGUGUUCUCGGUUAGACAGAUUAGUAUGUUGUGCUACAUCUUUCAUUAAUCUGAAGCGAUUGCUUGUGAGGAAUUGUAGAAAAAUAAAGUGUCUAUUCACAUCUUCUACGGCCAAAAGUCUGUUGAAUCUUGAGGCUCUAAUUAUCGAGAAUUGUGAGUCAAUACAAGAAAUAACAGAAAAAGAAGAAGAUGUUAAUGGUGAGAUCGUAUUUGGACGACUCGUAAUUUUAAGCAUGUGUUCCUUACCAAGACUGGUAAGUUUUUAUUCAGGAAAUGCCACUCUACAUUUCUCAUCUUUACAACAAGUGACUCUGUCUAAAUGUCCCAAUAUGGAAACUUUCUCUCAAGCAAAUAUAAAUGCGCCAAUGCUAUAUGGGAUCAAAUCUUCAAUCAAUGAUUCUAGUUUAACCUUCUUUUAUGAUCUCAACACAACAAUUCAGAGUUUGUUCUACCACAAGGAUUUUUUCGAAUAUUCAAAGCAUACAAUUCUACUGGAUUAUUUUGAGACGAGGGGAAUUGGAUUUGUAAAACAAGCUUUUCAGGGGAAAUCUUUUGGCAAUAUAAAGAAAUUGGAAUUUGAUGGAAAAAGUAAAGGAGAUACUGUGAUCCCAUCUAAUGUACUUUCUCAUUUGAAGAGUUUGGAAGAAUUGAAUGUCCAUAACUCUGAUGAGGUGCAGGUAAUAUUUGGUAUGAAUGACAGUCACACCGAGACCAAAGAAACAGUCUUUCAUCUGAAAAAACUUAUUUUGAAAGACUUGUCAAAUUUGAAAUGUAUAUUGAACAAAAAUCCUCAAGAAAGUGUCAGUUUUCCUAAUUUGCAUGAGUUGUUUGUUGAUGGUUGUGGAAGCUUGGUAACACUGUUUGCCAGAAAUCUUGGGAAACUAAAGACACAUGAAAAGCAGAGGUAUGACAAGUUGGUAGAAAUUGCUGGAAAGGAAGAUGCAAUUGAAAACGGAACAACUGAAGUAUUAAUGUUUGAAUUCCCUUGUUUGUCAUUGCUAACUCUCUAUAACCUAACAAAUCUGAACUGCUUUUGUCCUGAAAAACACCAUCUGGAAUGUCCCAAAUUAGAAAUCAUGCAUGUGGCGUACUGUCCCAAGUUGAAGCUAUUCACAUCAAAAAUUCAUGACAGUCACAAAGAAGCAAUUGCAGAGGCUCCAAUAAGUUGCCUACAACAACCUCUGUUCAUUGUUGAAAAGGUUGUUCCCAAACUUAAGGGAUUGACGCUAAAUGAGAAAAACAUGAUGUUGAUGAGCGAUGCCCAUGUGCCAGAAGCCUAUCUCAGCAAAUUAAAUCUUCUCCGAUUGUGCUUUGAGGAUGAUAAAAAUGAGAAAGGUACUUUGCCUUUUGAUUUCCUACACAAGGUACCUAAUUUAGAACAUUUUCAAGUGCAGAGAUGCUUUGGUAUCAAGGAGAUAUUUUCAUCUCAGAAAUUGCAAGUUCAUGAUGGAAUUCCUGCGACAUUGAAUGCAUUAACCCUAUUUGAACUAAAUGAGCUUGAGUCAAUAGGAUUCGAACACCCAUGGGUAAAGCCAUUCUCUGAAAAGCUUCAAACAUUAACGGUCACCAGUUGUCCUCGAUUGGAAAAAUUAGGGCGUGGCGCAAUGUCUUUCAUCAAUCUGAAAGAGUUGUAUGUGAAGGACUGUGGUCGAAUAGAGUAUUUAUUCACAUUUUCAACUGCAAAAAGUUUAGUGCAACUUGAGACCCUAAUUGUAAAGAAUUGUGAAUCAAUAAAAGAAAUAGCAAUGAAGGAAGAUGAAGAUGAUUGUGAUGAGAUCAUAUUUGAAAGAUUAACAACAUUAACUUUGAAUUGCUUACCUCGACUACAAAGCUUCUUAUCAGGGAAUGCCACUGUGCACUUUUCAUGUUUGAAAAACGCAUAUGCAAUUAAUUGCCCCAAUAUGAAAACUUUCUCCGAAGGAGUCCUAACUGCGCCAAGGUUUUUGGGGAUUAAAACGUCAUAUGAGGAUUCAGAUUUAUUCUUCCAUGAUGAUCUAAACACAUCAUUUCAGAGAUUGUUUCAAAGACAGGUGGAAAAGUCUGCAUGCGAUAUAGAGCAUUUAAAAUUUGGUGAUCAUUCACACAUACAAGAGAUUUGGCUUGGUGUAGCUCCAAUCCCAACAAACAAUUCUUUCAACAAUUUGAAAUCUUUAACUGUGGUGGAAUGUGAAUCUUUUCCCAAUGUCAUUCCUUUUUACUUACUUCCAUUUCUAUGUAACUUGAAAGAGAUUGAGGUAAGCAACUGUCAAUCUGUGAAGGCAAUAUUUGAUGUGAAUGGUGCAGCAGCAGAUAUGAAACCGAUUUCUCUUCCUCUGAAGAAACUCAUUCUAAAUCAGUUGCCAAAUCUGGAGCACAUCUGGAAUCUGAAUCCUGAUGAAAUUCUGAGCCUUCAAGACUUGCAACAAGUGUCAAUUUCUAACUGUCAAACCCUUAAAAGUUUGUUUCCAACAUCAGUGGCCAAUCAUCUUGUUAAGCUUCAUGUGAGAGCUUGUGCAACAUUGGUAGAAAUUUUUGCAGUGGCUGAUGCAGCCAUCAAUGGAGAAACUAAGCAGUUCAAUUUCCAUUGUCUGACCUCAUUAACACUAUGGGAAUUGCCAGAGCUCAAAUACUUGUACCCUGGAAAACACACUCUGGAAUGGCCAAUGCUAACACAUCUAGAUAUAUAUCAUUGUGAUCAGUUGAAAUUGUUUAAAACUGAGCAUCAUAGUGAUGAAUUUGCAGAUACAGAGGAUCAACUCGGUAUUUCAAUACAUCAGCAAGCUGCUUUCUCGGUUGAAAAGGUUUUUCCAAAGUUGGUGCAAUUAUCACUCAAAAAGGAAGACGCCAUGGCAAUUUCGCAAGGACAGCUCCAGGUUAUGCCAAGCAUUGAACGCCAAGAAAUCACUUGGAAGGACACUAUGAUUGGACAAGGACAAUUUGGUGCAAAUGUUGCACACCUCCUGCAAAAUUUAAAACUUCUCAAAUUAAUGUGCUAUCAUGAAGAUGAUAAGUCAAAUAUAUUCUCCGGAGGAUUACUUGAAGAGAUACCCAACAUUGAAAAUCUUGAAGUGGUUUGCAGUUCCUUCACUGAAAUAUUCUGCUCUCAAGGACCUACCACUGAUUGUAGCAAAGUACUUUCAAAGCUGAAAAGAUUACAUCUGAAGAAUCUCCCACAGCUUAAUGCCAUCGGAUUAGAGCACUCAUGGGUAGAACCCUUACUUAAAACACUAGAAACAUUGGAAGUGUUUUCAUGCCCUACCAUGAAAAUUUUGGUGUCAUCCACCUUGUCUUUUUCAAAUCUUACCUCUUUGAAUGUUGGUGAAUGCCAUGGAUUGAUAUAUGUGUUCACAUCCUCAACAGCAAAAAGACUAGGUCAACUGAAGCACAUAUCCAUACGGGAUUGUCAAGCAAUACAGGAAAUAGUGUCCAAAGAGGAAGAUCGUGAAUCAGAAGAUGAAGAUGAAGAUAUAACAUUUGACCAGCUCAGCCUUUUGUCUCUUGAAUCUUUACCAAACAUCGUAGGAAUUUACUCAGGGACUUCCAAGUUAAAGUUCCCAUGCUUGGAUCAAGUGACUUUAAAGGAAUGCCCUCAAAUGAAAUACUCCUAUGUACCUGAUUUGCAUGAAUUCAAGCCUCAGGAGCAAACUUAAUUGGAAGAGCUGACUUUGUUGACAGGUAUAAACUAGCAAAGUCAAUACAUUUUGUUAGAAAAUUCACAUGAAUGUAUUUGGUCAACCAAUCGGGAAUACCUAUCAAAGGUGUUUUAAUACUAAAGUGGAUCCGCAUUUAUAGUUUUCCUAAUUGGUUUUUGUGUAAGGUUGAUUUAAUUACAAUCCAAACAUUUUUAAACUUGAUUAAUGACUUAAUCGACAUGUUUUGUAUCGAAA